AUGGAGAUUACGACAAUAUCUUUGGACACAUACUUGUUGAACCCAUCUUCUCCAUUGGCAAGAGAAGAAGCUAAAAAAGCAGCCGAAUCUUUGAUAUUGACAGGGGCUGUCAUAGUGCAAGAUUCCAGAGCACCAAAAGAUGCGAACGACAGAUUCUUGGAUUUGUUCGAAGAUUAUUUUAGUCAAAGUCAAGAAGUGUUGAAAAAGGAUGAAAGACCUGAAUGUGGAUUUCAAGUUGGAGUUACAUUGGAGAAUACUGAAAAACCGAAAUGUGCUUCAGACGAAAACUGUCAAGCUAUAAUUCGUUCUUUGGACAUUGAUCAAAGACCCAUUGAUCUUGAUAAUCAUGGAGCUGAUCCUAAAUGUCGCUUCUUUCAUCGCAUGUCAGAUGAACCGCCUUACGAAUCGACUUUCCCAGUGUUAGAAACUCCGAACGUGACUCCCCAGAGGUUCCAGGGUACUUGGGAAGGAAAAGUCAAUGAAUGGGGUGAAUUCAUGAAACAAUCGGUAGAAGGAGUAGCUAAGAUGGUAGCUUCUGGAUUAGGAUUAGAACAAGAUACAUUCACGACUGCUGGGAAGUAUGGAUCGCAUUUGUUGGCUCCCACAGCGACCGAUUUAGUCAAAUAUGGUAAAUUGAAUACGAAAUACGCGGGCUUUCAUUCGGAUCUGAACUUUCUCACUAUACAUGGUCAAUCUAGGUAUCCAGGGUUACAUAUAUGGGCUAGAAAUUCGGGUAAAAAAAUUCAAGUUAAAAUACCUCCCGGAUGUUUACUUGUUCAAGCUGGAAAACAAAUCGAAUGGUUAACAGGUGGAUUGAUAAAAGCUGGAUACCAUGAGGUGGUUUGUACUUCAGCCACAAUAGACACUAUCGAAAGGCGAAAAGUAGAAUUUCCAGAUAGACCUCUGAUCAGAAUCUCAUCAACUUUCUUCUGGCACCUCACACCUGAUUACCGAUUGGUUCCCAUCCCAACCUUGAGGAAAGAAGCAGAAAACCGAUUUGGUCGACAGGAGGAAUAUGGUGAGAUGCUAGUGGGUGAUCAAGUGAGAAGGGAACUAGGUUUGAUCGCACUUUUAUCCUCCUAA